UCUUUUCUUCUUCCCAGUUACCAAAUUAAACAGAGAAAUCGAAUUCGCCGGAGGAAUUUCAGACUUGGGGAUUGUGAGAUUGGAGCUUCGAAUUUCCAUCAAUGGAGUGGAUCAGAGGAGAUCAAUUGGGCUCCGGCAACUUCGCAACAAUCAAUUUAGCGAUUCUCACAAAGGAGUUCGAUCAAUUUCCGCCAUUAAUGGCGGUGAAGACCUCGCCGGCCAGCUCCUCUGUUUCGCUGAAGAACGAGAAGCAAAUUUUUGAUCAAAUUGGAAGUUGCCCACAAAUUCUUACCUGUUUUGGCGAUGGCUACACCAUUGAAAGGGACGGGCAGAAGCAUUACAAUCUGUUCUUGGAGUACGCCAAUGGCGGAAGCCUUGCAGAUAAAGUCAAAGCCCACGGCGGCGGGUUGCCGGAAUUCGAUGUUCAGAGCUACAUGGCGGCGGUUCUUAAUGGCCUGAGAUUUAUCCACGAAAAUGGGUUUGUUCACUGCGAUAUAAAGCUUGCGAAUAUAUUGACGUUUAGCAAUGGCGGCGCGAAGAUCGCUGAUUUCGGGCUGGCGAAGAAGGCGGCGGCGGAAACAGAGCAGAAAUUUGAGUGGAGAGGGACUCCUCUGUAUAUGUCGCCGGAAUCUGUGAACAGCGGCGUGUAUGAGCCGCCGUGUGAUAUCUGGGCGCUGGGUUGCGCCGUCGUGGAGAUGGUGGCCGGAAAGCCGGCGUGGAAUUGUAAGCCGGAAACGGACAUCUUCGGGCUAAUGAUGCGAAUCGGAGCCGGAGACGAAGUGCCCGACCCGCCGGAGAAUUUGUCGGACGACGGGAAAGAUUUUCUCCGAAAGUGUUUCAUCAAGGAUCCGACGAAGAGAUGGACGGCGGAGAUGCUUUUGAAUCACCCGUUCGUCGUCGGAGGCGGCGAUACUGUUACAUUGAAGGAGACAGAACCGCCGGCGGCGUCCCCUCGUGGUCCGUUCGAUUUCCCGGAAUUUGGUUCGCUGCCGUUAAGCUCCGACGAGCGGUGUUUCACGCCGGCGAUUGAUUCGGGGUUGGAUUUUGCACCGGCGAUGAGUACGAUCCGGCGGCUGGUGACGGAGAAGCCACUGGAUUGGUCGGUUUCGGAUAGUUGGGUGACAGUGAGGUGAGGUGAUCAAAUUUUGUGGCAGAGCAGAGGGAGCAGUCAGAAGGUGAAAGUUGAAGAAGUUUUUGGAAGAUCUUCAACGCAUCGGACGGUCCUGAUUCAAUUGAUAAUUUCUUUUUUUUAAUUCACAAUUGGGCUCUGUUUUAUUUUGUUUUAAUUUCUGUAAAUGAGUAGUCAGCUGAUUCGACGGUGCUGAUUUAAAGCAUCAGAGUCAGAUAUUACUUAGUGGUGUAGGAAUUUGUACAAUAUAGUUUAUAAUUUAUAAAUAUAUAUAUACACACACUUUUGUUA